CCUCCUUUAGUCAAGAUGUCCAUCAACCCGAUGCUGUACGAGACCCAGUUUUUGGGGUUCACACCCCAGACCUGCAUGCUCAGGAUCUACAUCGCCUUCCAGGACUACCUGUUUGAGGUGAUGGUGGCUGUAGAGAAAAUCAUCCUGAAGAAGGCUGCCAGCCUCCCUGAUGGCGGUGGCCGCAGCGGCAUGAGUGCUGUCCAGAUACGUGGCAGCACCGAGGCUUUCUUGCGCUUCAUGAGAGAACGCUUUGAUCGCCUCUUUGUCAAGAUGGAGCAGGUGUUGUUGCAGCUGGUGCUGAAUAUCCCCCCAAAUGUCCUUCUGCCUGAAGAUAGGUGCCACGAGAAGUACCCCCAGAGCAAGGAAGAGCUGCGCCUUCUCCAGCAGGAAAUAGGGCAGCUGCAGGACCAGUACAAGGCGGAAGUCGGGGCCAAGCAGGCCCUUCUGGCAGAACUCGAGGUCCAGAAGGCAGUUCAGGCCCAGCUGAAAAAGACGCUGCGCUGGUUUGAUGGGCUCGGAGAUGCCCACGGUCUCGUCGGCCUUGGGGAGAUGACGGCCUUCCUCAUCCAGCACUCGGGAAGGCUGCGCAGCCUCACAGAGGACAUCACCGAUAAAAGCAAAAGGGUGAAAACGCAGUAA